AGGAGUCAGCGGAGUCCUGGAUCGUGGACAUGUUUGGGGCCGCGAAGAAAUGUGGAACUCAACGCAAGAAAAAGGCUGUGACCCCCAAGGACAUCACGGUAGCCAGACAGCUGAAAGGAUUGAAGUAACCAAAGGAACGCAACCAAGAGCGACGCAAUACCUUGUGACGUCACGGUACACGUCUUUGGUACAUCGGCAAAGGUCUACUCCAGCCCCUCAUCAGCCCCCCCCCCCAACCCUCUCCAAACCCCCUCGUAAGGCUAUUAGUUCUGAGGUGUUUCCAUUUAUGCUUGUAUAGAGGGGAUAUAAUGAUGUUGAUUCAACAGAGAUUUAGACAAAGCCACACCAUCGUCUUUCCCCUUAUUCCUUAUUAAGAAUAGGUGUUGUACAAGUCGCAACUACAGUUUGCAUACAAAACAACAACAACAACAAAACCAAACAAACCUAAACCCCCCCCCAAAAAAAAAAGCUAAAUAAAACAACUAAAAAAACAUAAAAAGUGGCAGUGAACCAGUUUGGGAGAAUAUAGGCGGAUAAUAUCAUAAUAUUUUAUGCGCCCACACAGCAGUGGAUAUGUUAAAAUAAGCUAAAAUAUAAUCAUAAGCGCACGAGGCCAUGGUCACCCCCUAUAUAUUGGUCUCUGUGGAGACCCAGGGUGUGCUUAGUUGGUCAACCUAUUUCGGAAAGGAGGGCUGGAGUAGACCUAUACGGGUAAACCGGGGGUUUGUAUUUU